AGUCAUCCAUAUAAUGUUUUGUUUCUUUCGGUGUGUCCCAUUUUUAAAUUGAAAAACAGGCUUCCAAAUCGAACGUUUCCAUUGAGACAUUACCGAACAGAACUCGCUUCACACGCAGGAAAACCAGAAAGCCAAGAAGGCCAGAGAGAACUGGAGAGGAUCCAAGAUGACUACAUCGGUUUUGGCCACGAUGUGUGCUGAGCGGCUGACCAAGCUCCUAGUUCGCUAUUCCCGCACUCAGCCGUCGGUGGUGCGGAAUGAGUCCAACUGCGUCAACCGGGUGUUGAAUCCUUUACCCAAAACCGAAGCCACUGCAGCCUAUCUGAAGCCAAUGACCGCUGAUGGCCAGGUGCCCCUUCAAACCAAGCACGCAGGAAAGUGGCAACCGAGCAUUUCGAGCAUUGGCCAGAGAUUCCAGCGGGAGGCCAUGGAUGAGCUGAGUGCCAAGGCCAAAGAUCGUCUGCUGCCGAAAAACGAACCACGAUAUCUGAGCUUCUCUAAAAAUCAAUCCUUUUUCCCCAAUAAGUCGAGGGGACUGGAAGAUUGGAAACACCUGGGGACUGGACGGUACUCCCCUUCAUUCGCCACAAUGUUCCAGGGCCAAAGUGCCCCGAGUGCACCAAAGAAAUCCUUUAACCAACAUUUCCUCUCCCUCGAUCAUCAAAAACUGUUUCGGGACUGUUUCUGACCGAACACGAGGAGUACUCUUUGAUCUUGGUGCCAAACUCAUCCGCAGCCCAACCACAACAUUAAGUUCUCGGAGUUGUGGCUUAGUUGUGAUUGUGCUGUGGCUGGGAUUGGCAACAAGUAUCCAUGAUUAUUCACAAAUCGACGCAUUAAAGAGUGUUUUGUGUUAAAUAA